GUUGUUGAUCUGUUCAUUUGAGAUCACAAGUGCUAUUUUACAAUUAGUGGCUGGGAUUUUUAUUGGUUUUUGGGUGCUACACCUGCCGUGUGUUUAGAGUUGUUGCUCUGCUGACGUUUUUUAGCUGCAGCUGAAGUUUAUUGCGGCCUGGUUCCCACCCGCUAACCACUCCUUCCUUGGGUGGGCUGCGUUUCCGCUCCUGAACAGUUAAUGAUCGAAAACAAGGGUUCUGGGAGCUCAGUGGUUUACAUCUGUCUCUGACUGUGGCAUGCAGGGCAUUUGCAAAGAGUCUGCUUAUCCUUUGCACAGUACAGCAGCACGUGCCUUGCUCUUUUUCUAAAUGGAGUUUGUGGUUUGGCGAGUUCUCACAUGAUUUUUGAUGGUACCGAGAAAGGAACAUUUCUCAUGAGUGGAGACGCAACUUUUUUUUUUUCAUCAUCAAGGGAAACCACCAUCAAGCACAGAUAGUCUGCGUGUCACACUGUGAGCAGCUCUCAGUCAAUAUGCCUGCUGUUGGUGAUAACCAAAGUCUUCAAAUAAUCAUGAUGAUAAAUAUAUCAACAAAGUCUCGCACACCGGAGUACCUGGAAAAUACAACAUUCUUGGACAAUUUUGAUUACUCAUCGUCGUCCCAGGAUUACUCUGACUUUCCUCUGCUUUGCGACAAGGAGUCAAACCGGCAGUUUCGCCUCUGGUUUCUGCCGCUCUUCUACACCGUCAUCUGCUUGCUGGGAGUGGCUGGGAAUCUGCUGGUCAUCGCCACUGUCUUCUACUUCAAGCGCCUCAAGAACAUGACAGAUGUGUACCUGCUCAACUUGUCCUUCGCCGACCUGCUCUUUGCCCUCUCGCUCCCCUUCUGGGCAGCCAACUCCACGGCAAAGUGGAUGCUGGGGCUUUUCAUGUGCAAAGCUAUAAACACCAUCUACAAGGUCAGCUUCUACAGCAGCAUGUUCCUCCUCUCACUCAUCAGCGUCGACCGCUACUUUGCCAUCGCCAAGGCCAUCUCCACCCACGGCCUCCGCUCAAAGGCUGUCUUUUUGAGCAAGCUGUCCUCCACUGCCAGCUGGAUGAUGGCGCUGAUCUGCUCCCUACCAGAAAUGAUGUACACCAAUGUCAUCAACGACACCUGCUCUCCAUUCUCCACCAAAAACGAUCAGCUCCGGGUUGGCUUCCAGGCCAGCCAGAUUGUGUUGGGGUUCCUCGUUCCGCUCCUGAUCAUGAGCUUCUGUUACACCCGCAUCCUCCAGACGCUCUGCCAGGCUCGCAGCUUUGAGCGGAACAGGGCCAUCAAAGUGAUUCUCGCCAUUGUCAUCGUCUUCCUGGCCUCCCAGAUGCCUUACAACAUCGUCCUCUUCUGUACUACAAUCAUCAUAGGAGCCGGAGGAACAAAGAACUGUGAACACGACAACAGUCUCCUGUUUGCCACCGAUAUCACACAGUACGUGGCCUUUCUGCGUUGCUGCCUGAACCCCUUUGUCUACGCCUUCAUCGGCGUUAAGUUUCGCCAUGAUGUUCUUAAGCUGCUGAAGGAAAUUGGCUGCGUGAGCCAGGAAAGGUUCUACAGAUACACCUGCGGCCGGAGGAGGAGCUCAGCUGGCCUUGACACCGAAACCACCACCUCUUUCGCUCCAAAAGGUGUCAACCCCACAUGCAAAGUGCUUGAAUUGGACUAAUACAAACCCUGUUUUAUUUUGUCAAAGCGUAUCAGCUUGCCAUGUACAUAGCAGAAGUUAUAUAAUUGCAAGUUGUUUGAGUUAUGCUACCUUUUGGCUUGUCUUAUUUGUUUAUAAAGACUGUAUUUUGAAAGUUCUUAUUGUUGAUAAAAAAAAAAAUGCAUAUUUUAAAGGAAAGUGAAGUUUCUGGUAUACUCAAUAAAUAAACAGUUUCUUUAUGCUGUUUUCAGUGCAUGCAGUUUAAAUUCCAUAUAAGACCCAAACCCUCAUGACAUCCACCGCAGACUAUAAUAAAUCAUAUAAUAAAGCUAAGAAUGAUGUCACAAGCUUGCACAAAGAAAAAAAAAAGUAAUUGAAGAAAUAGAAAUGCACUCACACCUUUGAAACCCAUAUUUUUUUACAGCAGCCCAUUUCCAAAUAACAUGAAAAUUGCUAAAAUAAUUAUUGUAAAGCAGGUGACAGACACUAUUUUACUAAU